AUGAUACCUCAAAGUAAAUCUAAGCGAAAAAAACAAAAUGGAAGUAGAGCCACCUCCACCGCGAGCGUAUUAGUUAUCAACGUCUGGUGCAUCGAACGAUACACGAAGAAACUUUACGACGCGACGCUCGCAUCGGCCGCGCUCGCAGCCGGCACAAUUCUAUCGCGGAGCGUUCAAUUAAUCGGGCCGAUUAACGUCUUCCCCUGGACAUCAAUGGUGCUGGAUUAA